CAGCCACUUCUCGCGAUGUUUGGCCCGGCGAAGGGUGGCCAUUUUGGAGUCCACUCGGAGGCUGGUUGCCCCGGUGGCGUCUGCCAUCCUGCUGCCGGGACCAAGGGUGGUCCCACGGGAGUCUGGCCCAUGGGUGGCCUGACCGACAUGCAGUGGCGGCUCCGCUGCAAAGCCAAGGAUGGCACCUAUGUUUUGCAGGAGUUGUCCAGCCGGACCCGGGUGCGGGAACUCCAGGGCCAAAUUGCUGCCAUCACGGGGAUCGCCCCCGACUGUCAGCGAAUCCUCGUCGGAUACCCACCCGAGUGCCUGGAUCUCAGCAACGGGGAUGCCAUGCUGGGGGAUUUGCCCAUCCAGUCAGGCGACAUGCUGAUCGUUGAAGAAGACCAAACCAGGCCCCACACUUCACCUUCAUUUACCAGACAUGGUGCUCCUGGUUAUAUCAGGGAACCUUUGCCUGUGCUUACCAGAACCGUGGUCCCAGCAGACAACUCUUGCCUCUUUACCAGUGUGUACUAUGUUGUUGAAGGAGGAGUCCUGAAUCCAGCGUGUGCCCCUGAGAUGAGACGCCUCAUAGCACGAAUUGUAGCAAGUGAUCCAGAUUUCUACAGCGAAGCAAUACUGGGAAAAACAAAUCAAGAGUACUGUGAAUGGAUCAAAAGGGAUGAUACCUGGGGAGGGGCUAUUGAGAUAUCAAUUUUGUCUAAAUUUUAUCAAUGCGAAAUAUGUGUAGUAGAUACACAGACAGUAAGAAUUGAUCGUUUUGGGGAAGAUGCGGGAUAUGCCAAAAGGGUCCUGCUUAUUUAUGAUGGUGUUCACUAUGACCCACUUCAGCGAAACUUUCCCGACCCUGACACCCCUCCUCUGACCAUUUUCUCCUCUAAUGAUGAUAUUGUUCUUGUACAAGCACUGGAAUUAGCAGAUGAAGCUAGAAAAAAGAGACAGUUUACUGAUGUAAACCGCUUCACCCUGAGAUGCAUGAUAUGUCAAAAGGGUUUAACUGGACAAGCAGAAGCAAGGGAACAUGCCAAGGAGACAGGCCAUACCAACUUUGGAGAAGUGUGAUCUAUGCAUGAUGAGGAUUGAAGCCUACUACCUCACAGAUCCAGAAGGUUCUGGGUUUUCCAAUAAGCUAUUCGUAACCUUAAAGAACAAAGGACACAAUGCUUGAACCAUCCUUUUAACUUACAACCACUAAGGCACUGAAUUCCUUGUUAAGAUUAAAAGUAGUGUGCAAGUUUACAGACGUUUGUCCACAGUGGUAAUGCAUGCCCUCUUUCUGCUGGGAUGACAGAAUGGGUGAUUCUUGCUACCUACUGACACUAACCUGAAGAUUUGAGUUUUCGUAUUAUAAACUAGCACCCAGCAGCAUUAACUUGUAGAAGAAAACAGCUUCACAUUUUUGGUAAAGCGGAAGGCCUCACGUGAGGCCACUGGACAUAAACCACAAUGUCUCCAGUAAUUGAGUCCUUUUAAAAACUCUGAGUUAAUAGUUUCUACAUUAUGAAUUGAUUCCUCAAAUGAAGAUGCACAGAAUUGCCGAAACUGAUUUUAUAUUGCAAUUUGGUAGACUUUACAAAUGUGUACUUAACCAGUUGUAAGUACGUUAGCAAUUUUUACAGGGGUGAGUCUAUUCCCUGAGAAUGUUACCUAGCACUUGGGAGUUUAUGUUACUGAAUGUUACCUAAAAACAGGAACUGAUAGUGCCCUAUUUAGGAUUUCUAGUGUACACAAGUAGAAUGUAUGAGGGAAAAGGUGCCUGAGCAGCUUAAUGAAGCUUUAAAAGACUGUUGGCCUUAUGUUUUAAUGCAACUUAUGUAUUAAUCUUUGUCACAUUGGAUCAAAUUUAAAAUGAAGCAGGGUAUGUUUUUUUAGUUGACGUUCCAGGAAAUCUGAAUGCUUGAAUUUUGCUUUUUCACAUAAAGAUAUGGAGGGAUUUAAUUUCCUCAGGUUUUCGUUAAGAGCACUUCGUCCAAUUCCUGAAACAGUCCUCUGAAGUGAUAAUGAUAAGCUUUGGUUUUGUUGAGAUUGUCUGUUCCUCUAAACAGUAUUUGUUUUUAUCUUAACCUUAUCCUGCCACUAAUGCUAUUUUAAUAAUUCCACCUUUCUGCAAAUUAGCACUUUGCUUAUCUACGAUCUUUCACUUGGACUUUUGAAGAGUUUUAAAGUAGCUGGGAUAAUAAUGUUGAAUGAGUUUCACUUCCAGAAUAGGACAGUUUUUAAAUUCUUGCCUUAUCUGAAUAAGCUUCUUCCUAAUACUAAAUGUGUAGCCAUUUGCUUGGUGGGCUAACCCUUAAGGCAAACUCUCUAAAACACUUAGCUUCACUAUGACAUCUUCCAGAUAAAAGUUUUCUACCUCUUUUUGUAAAUCUUCUGAAGGUCAGGGAUACUAAAUUAUAAUUUGUUAUGUAUUAUCUCACAUAGCAUGAAGAGGCUUAAUGUUGUGAAGUUUUGUUAUAUUGGUCUCAUUUUUUAUUAAGUAUCUCACUUAGAAAACCAUUGGUAUACCUUAAAGCACUUAAAUCUCUUUUACCAUAUUUUUUUGACAAAUAUAAAAUUGAGAUUUACUUUUAGCACUUUCACUUAGUGGAGGUGGCCAUAGUAAAUUAGGGAACAUGUCAAUAGUUUAGGGGAAAAGUACCUUUAAGGGACAAUUCAUAAAGUAUGCUUGAAAUCAUCAGAUGACAUGUUUUGAGUACCUUUUGUGUGAAUAGCUGCUUUAGCUGCUUUAUGGUCAAUAUAAUUUAAAAGUGUUUAAUUUUAUAUUUUACUGAGCCUUAAAAAAAACUAGCACUUGUGAGUUUAUGUUACUUAAUGUUUGGCAAUCAUAAUGUGUACAAAUGAAUAUGAUUGAAAAUCUCUUGGACCUGUCUGUCCUCCGGUCUAAAAGGUUUUUGUAUCUCUUAUUUCCCCCAGAAAAUAGUAAAUUUAAAACUGUAAGUUAAGAGUAUACCGCUGGUAACAUCCAUUCAGUUGUUGGCCUUCCUUUCUUAGGUAUUUCAGGAGCCAAACUUGACAUUUACUAACUGGAAUUUUAGAGAAGUUUAUUCAUGAGACAAAUAUUUAUUGAGUAACUCGUAAUGCACCAUGCAUCUAUUGAUGUGUUUCCCAACAUAAAUUUCUGUCACUUUAUUUUUUUUAAAUAUGUUUUUAUUGAUUUUUUAGAGUGAGAGAGAAAGAAACAUUAAUGAGAAAAAAAUAUCUACUGGCCUCCUGCAUGCCCC